AUGUCGCGGAACUCGAUGGCGACUGGCUACAACAACCGCAUGAGUCAACAAUUCCACGGCAACCAGCAGCAUGGCCGAGGUCGCAAGAAGGAGGAUGAGAAUGACGCUCUCAUGCGACUGCCGGACAAAGAAAUUGCAGGAUGUAUUAACGAUAUUGGAAUCCCGUUCACCCUCGCCGACCUGGCCAAACCGAAUGCGCAACAAAUCCAGAUGGUGUUCGAGUGGUUCGCAGAGCUUCUCAUGAACACGACCAGGGAGACGGUGGAACCCGCCAUGCAUGCAGCUGCCGAAGAUCUCUGCGGUGACUACCCUGAUAUCGUUCCCAAUGACACCCGCAACCUUAUGGGAUUCUUUAUUAUGCUGCGGAAGCUAUUGGCAGAGUGCGGUGUAAACGACUUUACCUUCACAGAUCUGACUAAACCGACGCAUGAGCGACUUGUCAAGAUCUUCUCAUACUUGAUCAACUUUGUUCGCUUCCGUGAAUCGCAAACACCGGUCAUUGACGAGCACUUCAACAAGACCGAAAAGACGAAAUCACGUAUCGAUGAGCUUCUCGCGGAGAAUCAGGAAAUGGAACUACGACUCAACGAGAUGCGACAGGACCUACAAGCGAACGAGGCGCAUGUGCGUGAGAAGGUUUCUAGAAACGAUGAACUUAAGGCACGAUUGUUGGAGUUGGGCAGAGAACAGUCGCGGGUUGCAGAGACAUUGGACCGUGUUAAGACAGAUCGGGCCCGAAGGCAACAACAGUUGGAAGAGAAGACAGAAAGGACUGUCCGCACGCGACAAGAGGCCGAGAAAUUGCGGCCUUAUGUACUCGAGUCCCCAGCUACCCUCCAGUCGUCACUGGCUGAGCUAUCUGAGCAUCUGAUGCGCGAGAAGGCUUCAAUUGAUGCGAUGGAAAGGCGUGCUCGGGCACUUCAGACCUCGUCAGACACGUUUACUGUGGUCUCAAACGACGUACAGGGCUGCGUAAAACUGCUAGACGAUAUCUCAGUGGAAUUACAGAAAGAGGACGAGGAGGAGAACCGCGCCGCCAGAACUACAGAAGCUAUCUCAGACAGGGGCAACAGCGUCCGUGAAGUUGAACAGACUGAGAAACUAUUGCAGCGCCAACUGGCUCGUUGGGUCGAGCGCAUCGAAGCACUCCAGAAGAACGCACAGGAGAAGGCGGAGAUUGCGCAGGCACGUAUGGAAGAACUUCGCAAUGUACAGAAGCAGCUUCGUGAAGAGCGUGCAGAGAAGCAACGUGACAUGGAGCGGAGGCGUAUUCGCAUUGAGCAGACAGAGAAGAAGAUGGUCGACCUGAAGGAAAACAUUGAAAGCGAGAUCCAGGGGGCUCACGAUCAGUACCUGAAGUUGGAGUCACAUAUCAAGCUCUACAUGACAGAGAUGGAGAAGUCUCUAUAA